AUGACAAUAAUAAUAUAUAUUUUUCUUCUAUUUAUUCCUUUUAUAUCAACAAUAUCUAUUGAUAUACGUUAUCCACAAUUUUUUCAUCAAUCACUAUAUGAUUCUGCUAUUGAAAUAACUGAAGGUAAAACUAUUGGUAGUUUUAUAGCAUUUAUUAAUUUAAUUAAUGAUACAAAUAUAAAUUUAAAUGAAUGGUUAUUAAAUACAACAAAUAAAGAUUUUAAAAUACAAUCUAAUGAUUUAUCAUAUUCAUUAAUAACAACACAAAUACUUGAUCGUGAACGUGAAAAUUUCUAUAAUUUUUCUAUUGAUGCUCAACAUCUUAUUUUACCAUAUGAAAAAAUUUCUAAAAAUAUUCGUAUACGUAUACUUGAUAUAAAUGAUUGUACACCAAUAUUUAAUCAAACAUUAUAUAAAACAAUAAUGAUACCAAAUGAAACUAAUUUUACUAUAAAAGCAUUUGAUUGCGAUGAACCAAAUACAGAUAAUAGUCGAAUAACAUAUACAUUAUCAAAUUAUCAAGAUUUAUUUCAUAUAAAUGAAACAACUGGUAUAAUUCAAUGUAUUAAAAAUCUUCAUACAUAUGAAAAUUAUGAAAUAAUUAUUGUUGCACGUGAUCAUGGUAAACCAUCAUUAUCAUCAACAAUAUUAGUACAAAUACAAUUAAUAUCAUCAUUAAAAACUAAAAAAUUUCAUAAAUUUUUUUUUGGAUUAAAUAUAAAAGAAAAUUUAAAUAAUAAUUUACUUUUAUUAUUAUUAUUAAUAAUUUUAUUUAUAAUAUGUUUUAUAUUUAUAUGUUUAUUAAUAUGUUGUAUUAAUUAUAAAAUACAAAAAUGUAAAGAAGAAAAUUUUAAUGAAAAAAAAUUUUCAUCAUCAUCAUCAUCAUCAACAAUAAAUUCAUUAAAUGAUUUUCAACAAACAACUGUUUAUGAUGCUGUUAAUUUAUUUCCAAAUACAUAUUAUUUACCAGUUGAAAAACAACAACAACAAGAUUUUAUUGAAAAUUUAAAUCAUUCAAAUUCUAAUGAUAUAUCUUUAGAUCGACAACAAUCAUUAUCAACAACAAGUAGUCCAAUAUCAACAAAUGAUAAUGGAAUUAAAAUGAGUUCUGAUGAUGGUUGUUAUUGUUCAAGUGAUAUGUCAUCAGAACAAUCAAAUAAUAUACUUCUACUCAAUCCAUCAUCAUUAACAUUAUUAACAAAUUCAAAAUUAUCUUCAAAACAAGUACGAUUUAAUGAACAUAAUCAUAAUAUUGAUAGAAUUUUAAAACGUUUUGAAAAUUUAUAUGAAACACAGACAAAUACAGAUCAUUGUGCAUCGUAUGUUUAA